AUGACGGGAAUUAGUCACAGCAUGGUGAUAGCAGCCAACAUUAACAGCAUCAAGGUGCAAAUCAAUCACAGCAUGGUGAUGACAGUAGCCGUUAACAACAUGACGAUGAGAAUCAGUCACGUCACAACGAUGGUCAUCAAUCACAUCAUGACGAUGAUCAACCUUAUCGCAGGAUUGACCGACCUCGCGCUAGUCAGUCUCGCGCUAAAGAAGAUCAGCAAAAGAGUUGACGAUAAGAAAGGAGACAAGAAAAGGCUAGCCGCUAGCUCCAAAGACGAGAGAGACACCAAGUUUAGAAAGCCUGCCAAUGAUAGGCCCCCUAGAGUACCCAGGGGGCAAGAUAGCUACACUAACUUCACUCCCUUGAACACCCUGAUUAGCCAGAUCCUCUUGCAGAUCCAAGAUGACCACUCCUUGAAAUGGCCCCCCAAGUUAAAAUCAGAUCCAACAAGGAGAUCUAGGGCCAAGUAUUACCGGUUCCAUAGAGAUCAUGGGCACAAUACCGAUGAUUGCUUAGACUUGAAGAACCAGAUAAAAAGCCUAAUUCGACGUGGGCAGUUGCACAGAUAUGCCACUGACCGUGAAAAAGGUGCAACUCAACCAACUCGUGAAAAUAGAGAGAACAACCCUCCUGGCCACUCAUUGGGAGAAAUAAAGGAUGCUAGGGGAAUCCAGCAGCCACAUGACGAUCCUUUAGUAGUGACGAUAGUCGUAACCAACUAUACAAUCCAUUGCAUACUAAUAGACAAUGGUAGUUCUGCUGACUUGUUAUUUAUUAAGGCAUUUGACAAGAUGUGUAUUGGCAGGGAAAUGUUAAGACCAAUGAAGUCCCCCCUUAUUGGUUUUUUUGGAGAAAAGGUAUUCCCUUUAGGUGUAAUCACACUACCAUUGAUAGCCAAGACCAGUCCGAAACAAGUAACUGUGAUGGUAGAAUUUCUGGUAGUGGACUGUCCAUCUACGUAUAAUAUAAUCUUGGGGAGAAUGACCUUGAAUGCAAUAAGAGCCGUCACUUCUAUGUACCACCUGUUGAUGCAGUUCUUUACAGAACAAAGCAUUGGUGAGUUAAGAGGUGACCAAGCAAUAGUAAGGAAGUGUUACACUGUAGCUUUAAGAACAAAAAGUUGCAGGAAGCGUUGGCCAUUGAGAAACCAGAAGGGGAACUAA